UCAGUAUUUUCGUGGUCGUCACUCACAUUGGCCUGUGUUCGUCUGUCUGUCGACCAUGCGCUCUCACAAUCAUAGUGAGCCAAGCCCCCGCGACGACUCCAUGUCGACUCGAGACACUCCUUCGGGCGUCAGCGUUACUAAUGUCCUGUCACACAAACGCCGUGAACCACCCUACGUUUUGUGAUUAUCGGUCUUCAUUCUCAUCUAUCGUAGUUGCAUCACUGUUCCACAUUGCCAUCCUGGCAAAGCGUCCUUCUUCUGAGUCCUGGCCCUGACAAAAUUCAUGUUACGACCCUCACCCCAGCCGAACAACUUGCGACACCCCCUACACCAAGCAGUAGAGGAAAACCCCAAAGAAAAGAACUUACUUGCAAUGCCACGUGAUGCCGAACUUUUCAAAUGUCUCGCGCAGCUUCUCUGCGUCGGUACGCUCGGGCUUGUCUUGACAAAGACGAUAGGGUUCGCUCACAGUCGGUUUCAAGGGAUGAAACUUGAUGCCGAACUUUGCAAAUGUCUUUCGCAGGCUCUCGACGUCGUGAGGCUUGGGCUCGUCUGGACAAGGACAAUGGUUUUGGCUCAUGGUUUCAGUCUCGAUAAACGUGUCCUCGUUUCGAGCAAGGGGUCGAGACGAUUCAUGACCUCGACCAGUGUAGCUCGGCAGCAAAGAACGGUCAUCUUGGCCCGGCGGGGACAUGAAGACCGCGCCAAUGCCAACAAUAUCGGCGGCCAUGUCUUGGUCGUCGUCGUAGUUCUGGUCGCUAUUAGUACCUGGCUUCUCCCACUCACCGUGUACGCCACUGUUCGUGUUGCAGGCACAGCACCACAUGUCUGGCUUGUCCUUGUGCAUGGCGCACUGGGAAGGGCCUUUGCUGGCAAACAGGGUCUUGCCGUACCACUGGGCAAACUGCGCGUGCACUUCGUCUCGACCAUAUGGGUCGUCUGGGUGGGUGUUUGGCUGCGCAUCAUCAGCAUCAUGCGGGUUGGGCAGGAGAUCUGCUUCAGAGAGGCCCAUCAUGAACUGAUGAUGGAAGAAGUCAGGUCUGUGUUAUGUUGUCUCUGUGGGUUGUUGUGUCAGUUGCAGGUAAGUUGAGCAGGUGCAAGAUGAGGAUAGAGUUGGCCGCGAGGAAAGUCUGAUUAUAUGCCCUGAGAACAACAGCUCUGUUGUGGUGACAUUGACUCGACCCUCUGGAAAGGGCUCUUUGACGCUGUUCACUUCGAUCACUCACAGACGAACAGCCUCCGACACGGCGGUACAGUCUGUGGACAAAGAACGGUAGGUUGGACGAGUGAUUGUCGCCUGUGUGCCC